ACCACGGACGGAACGAGCACCGAUGACGGGGUUGAGCGGAAAGAGAGGAAGAGGGAGUCGGAAAUCGGACGGACAUGCGUAAGAUCCGACAAUAUAGAAGCGAUAUUUCUCAGGAAGGCAGUCGCGUUUAAACGCCACUCGAUGACGGACGCGCGAACAGUGUGCGAAUAGUUUCGAGCACGUCUGGCAUGUCGCAAAACUUUCCGUGAUGUUGAACAUGUCACGCGAGAUGUAUAAAAGUGUUAACAAAUAUGAAGAAAACUUCAAUGUGAGGGUUAAUCCUGAAAAUUGCAACCAAAAUUCGUCGUUAUAUCUGAAGAAUUAAAAAUGUUAAAUGAUAUAAUAAAACGUUAAAAAAAGAACGGAUCAUUCUGAGGGUCGGAAGAGAAACGCAGCUGCGAGAAGAGGAUUAACUCACGGACUCUAGUUUAAUCCAAGAAGCCGCCAUGGAGACGCAUAGACAUGGUGACAUCGACCGGAUCCAGAACCUGAUGCUCGAAAUAUUGAAAACGGAAUCCGAACGCUGUAAGCACGGAAAUAUAUUGGGAACAGGUUGGUGCCCGGAAAUUUGGGACGAAAUACUAUGUUGGAAUUCGACAGCACCUGGACAAUUAGCAGUUGAACCCUGUCCCUCUUACAUAAUGGGUUUCGAGACUCGUGCAUUCGCGUCGAAGCAAUGUAUGCCGAAUGGCCAGUGGUACAUAAAUGACGACACCCACAAAACGUGGAGUAAUUACAGCCAGUGCUAUCAAGAACAAUUGGUCACCGUCCUGGUGAACAUGUCGGACAUACAGGCGAAUAACGUCACUCUUAUUAAGAAAUUUUUCCCGAUCGUGAAAACCAUCUCGAAACUCGGCUACACUAUUUCGCUAUUCACUCUCAUCAUUGCGUUUUGCAUUCUGGCGACUAUCAAUUUGUCUCCCAUCGGACGUAGGAAAUUGCGAUGUUCCCGGAACAUAUUGCACAUGCAUCUGUUCGUCUCGUUCGUGAUGCGAGCGUUCAUGGCGCUGCUCAAGGACCUGCUCUUCGUGUCCGGCAUCGGGCUGGCGGACUCUGUGAUCAAGGACGACGAAGGUUACUGGCUGGUCAAUGAAGAAAAGGAAAGCAAUUGGCAAUGCAAGAUGUUUACCAGUCUGUGGCAGUACUUCAUCCUGGCCAACUAUUCCUGGAUCCUGAUGGAGGGUAUAUAUCUACACAAUCUGAUCUUCUUAGCACUCUUCACGGACGCCAACUCCAGUAUCGCGGGCUACGUCGCUUUCGGAUGGGGUUUGCCAGCUGUAUUUAUUUUGCCCUGGGUAGUCACGAGGAUCAUAUACGAGGAUACGUAUUGCUGGACGACCAAUGUGAAACCUCUCUUAUUUCUCUUCAUACGAGUUCCUACGAUGCUCUCUAUUUUGAUCAAUUUCGUCCUCUUCAUCAACAUCGUGAGAGUGCUGCUGGUAAAACUCAAGUCCACCAUGUCGGAGGAAACGCAAAGAUACAAACGGUGGGCUCGAAGUACCUUAGUCCUGGUGCCACUUUUUGGCGUCCAUUACGCGUUUUUUAUCGGGAUGUCGUACAGCAUCGGCGUAAACGAGACCGUAGAAAUCGUAUGGUUGUUUUGCGAUCAGCUGUUUGCGUCUUUUCAGGGCUUCUUUGUUGCGGUAUUGUAUUGCUUCCUGAACGGCGAAGUGAGGGCCGAGGUGUCCAGGACGAUUCGCAGCAUCAAGUGGACACGAGGAAUACGAUGGGGCCCUCGACCAUCAACGCACUCAGUCAGCACGUGUAGCUGCAACAAUGUCCCGAAGUCCGGCAAUCGACACUCGAGGAAACCCAAAUGGUGGAAGUCGCGCUGGAAGGCGAAUCCUUGCCUGUUUCAGGAUCAUGCCAUCCGUCAGUCCACCCACUCGAUGGCGAGUACACAAGAUGUUAGAACGAGAGGAUGUAGUUUAGCGAGCAACAAGGAUUAUCUGGAAACUGCCGCAAACGGCCAGAUUCCGCAGCCGACGACGCAAGAUCAACGUGCUCAUCAUACAUCGCCCCUGUGCAGUAAAUAUACAGAUCAAUCGCUGCUCUCUUUUUGCUCGAACAUGUCGGAUGCAUCAGGACCGAAUAUCGAUAAAAUCCGCGAUCAACAUCGAUGGAGCGACUCAGAAUGCUGUCAUCUCGCAUAUGAAUUGCAGAAUCUACAGCAACAUCAUGGACAUCAGUGAUAACGCAUUCAAACAUAUGGGAAAAUGUCCUGUAAAUGUGCAUUAUGCAUCUAAAUGCGUUUAUUAUAUCCGAAAACAAAAACAAAAAAACAUGAAGAAAUUUUUUAAAUCUAAUAUAA